UCUCCGUCCAUUGGCUUCGGCAGCUGCGCUCGAAGCGGGCCCGGUGGGCUGCAGCUGCCUCGGGGCGGGUAAUGAAGCCUUUCUCUAGGGAGGGCGCGUCGCAAUUCUUCUGUCUUACAGCCGGUGGAAGGGAUGGGGACCAAUAGUUCCUUCUACAAGUGGGAAUAUUUUUACAAGUGCUGAUGUGGUAAGGCAUAUGUUGACAGUUGUGAGUCUCCCACCUGGGAAGGAGAAGGGAAGUUGAUGGAGAUACUAGUUCAUCACCAGAUAAAGUUGACUGGACAUGUAUGAUACAGAUGUCACAGAAGAAACAGGACUUCUGGAUUGACACCGUUUGGUGCUACUUCCACCUCACUUAUACUCAUGAGCCACCCCGAAAAGAUUGACUGUGAAACCCCUUAACUCAGACCUCACUGCUAAAGAUAUGUCACUUAAGGUCUGACAGUGGUAAAUCCUGGAGGACAUCAUCUGGAAGAGUUGACUUCCUUCCGAGGCAAGCUCCAAGAUGAGGACAGCUGUUGUGUUUUUCCUGUUGAUUUCCUUAUGCAUAUCUGAAAACAAGGAUUCCAUCUUAAAAUGGAGUGGGGCUCAAAUAGCAAGGAUAAACCUUCUCAGCAGUGAAAAACAUUGCAAGCAAGCUUGUAGAGGCACAACAGUUUCAGGUAAUCACUCUUGCUGGUCAGUGUUUUAUCAAAACCGCUGUGUCCUCCUGCGUUGUCCUCAACUGAGUACGUGUCAGAAUGCCAGUACUCAGGACAUCAAAGAACUAAUGGGAGGAUUCAUGAUCCGUAAAAGAAGAGAGACUGGAAUACCCUUACAGCCCAAUAACACAGAAGAGACUAAUGGAAAACUAGAGAUGAAGACUAAUAAAAACCUUGUUAAUACCAGUAAUAUAGAAGUGCCUAUUUCAUUAACUCAAGCAAGUAAGAUCUCUGGUGAUAGUGGGGUCAGCCCACCUCUAAUGACUGUGAAGACCAUUACUACUUUCACCUCUCAACUUACAGCAGGAACUGCAGACCUAAGUGGAAUUCAUAACAAUAUAACCCCAAGUAGUAAUAAACCAGCGGCUAUAGUCCCAAUCACCUCUUUAGUUCCCACCAUCUCCCCUCAUAUAAAAGAAUCUGCCACAUAUUUCCAUAUUGUUAAGAGUACAGCAGGUUCAAAAGGAACAGGUAACAAGGAGCCAACAUUUGGACCAACUGAGAACAUGACAUCAAUAGAACUUCUUUCUAGCAGGUCUGAAUCCAUAAAAGGGAACCAUUUAGUGUCCCCCCUAUCCUCAACUACUAAUCCCAAAAUUUCUGUACUAACGAGCUCUGUAAGAAGUCGCUCACAACCAGCAAGCUUUGUUGUGGAAACUACCCAUAGUCCACAGACAUUGGAAACUCAUUCAACAGUUACAAAUACAUCUCUAACAACUGCUAGAGCAACCCAGAGUCUAUCAACUGCUCAUUCAACAAUUAUCAACAUGACUCUGACAACUGCAGGAGCAACACAAAUGCCAUCAGUGACAAGACCCCAUUCAACAGUCAUCAGCACAGCUCUGACAACUGCAGGAGCAACACAAAUGCCAUCAGUGACAAGACCCCAUUCAACAGUCAUCAGCACAGCUCUGACAACUGCAGGAGCAACUACUGCAACAACAAAGUCAGAUGAUAAGACAACUCUGAUAGACAGGGCAAAAUCUAAUCCAGUUACGGUAACUCCCAUAGUCUCUACAAAGGAUUCUGAAACCUCCAUUACUACACAGCAAACAAAGACUACCAGCCAACUUGUUAUGGCACCAACUCACACCACUCCAUCAGUGCUUACAGUUACAAGCCCAGCAACAUUGCCCAAAUCAGCAACUGUACAAGGAAAAGAUCAGCAAGGCUUAAGUAGUGAGAGUAUCUAUCAGCAGGUAGAUGUCAGUUUGCUCUUAGCACUUCUUUUUGGAGUCCUAUUUUUCAUAACAGUUUUAGUUUUAUUUGCCAUACAGGCCUAUGAGAGCUACAGGAAGAAAGACUACACUCAAGUGGACUAUUUAAUCAAUGGGAUGUAUGCAGACUCAGAAAUGUGAAAGCAGUAGAGUUGCAAAGGGAGAUUCUUAUUACACACUCUCUCUCUCUCUCAGAUUUGAAAGCCCGCAAUGGCUUGGCUUUCAGUGCCCUGUUUUGCCUCAAAGAUCAAUUGAAAGUGCUUCCAAAUUACUUCUGGUGCAAUGUAGGAGAAAUGCCAUGCAUUCUACUGUAAAGUAUUUUUUUUUAAACUCACCAUUACAGGUUGCCAUGGAUAUAUUAUUUCUAAAACUACAGUAUCACUUUUGUUGUGCCAGUUUAGUUUGCCAUUGCAAAGCAGCAUUAAUGUUGCAAGCAACCUUCAUAUAAGGACUUUGUGGCUUCCUAGGCCGAGUUCCUCAGGUUUUGUUAACAUUAUACCUUUUCCUGUGACACAAAUAAUGGAAAAGGAGUGAUUCCAUGUUUUUUGGAGUUCCAGCAUGCCUGAUGCCGAAAGUUGCACAGAGACUGUGAUAGCAGCUGCUACUCCAAAUGGUGUACAGAGUAGCAAAUCAGAUGCUGGUAGCAAUGCCCAAAGUAGUAUCAAGGGCAAACCUUUUUACACAGCUUGGUACCUCUUUGUAAUGGUACGUUUCACUUUGCUACUUGCUACAGCACUAAAUCAGCCAUGAGGGAUGCUGCUAGUUCAAGAGCAUCUAAACGAACUAUUUGUUUACAGAACAGAAAGGUUUGGAUAAAAAGCUGUUUAGAAUUACUAAGCAUUCCUAUUACCCUCUGUUGGGGGUAAUUUUAGUGGAACAGCCAUCUUGUUUUCCUGAGUUCCUUGAUUAUUUAAAGGAAAACACAGCUGUUUACUAGCCCCUAUUAAUGCUGUGCUAUUUCCUAAUCAUGAUGGCUUUUUCCUGAGGUACCUCUGCACCUCUAUAUGAUUUUAUUUUUGUACUCACUGAAUAAAUGAAAUGGUAGAGCGUGUUUAAAAGUCAAUGGCUCUGUUUUUGGUUCACUCACCUUUUUUUUCUUCUUCCAUACCUGCCUUUGACCACAGAACUCACAAAGUUCCAAAGCACAUCUGUCACUAAGAGUGGGGUGGAUACAUGGGGAACAUGAGGACUUUGUAAAGCAUAGUUAUGCCCUUUUAGACUGUGUUAAUGGAAAUGGUUUAACCAGUGAUUAUUUAAAAAGAACCCACACAUACCUACUGCCCCAUUUUCUCUCAGUGGAGGACUGAAAGAGCAAUGGACCUUUGACUUUUUCUUCCAUGUGUGUGUUUGUCCCUUAAAGAACGUAUAAACUAUAUGUGCUCUUACUCUUUAAUAUUAGCUUAAUUUUAUGCUUGAUAUUUUUUCAAAAUCAUUCAAAUGUUUAUCAGAUGAGUUCAAGUAUGCAAAUAUAUGGUGGUUUUUCUCACACGAGCAUGGUGUAGGAAAGAGAAGGGAACUUCACCAAUACUUUUAAAAAAAAUUAUUAAGAAUUUUUAGAGCCAAAGGUAAAAAAUUAACAAAAAAAUGAAAAAAGAAAAGUAGAAAUACAAAGCUGACAAAAGGAAAAUAAAAAAUAUAAAGAAGUGACUUCUGAUUUUCUCUAUGUUAAACACAAGUAAAAUCACAAGCUUAACACUCUAUAAUUACAAAAAGUAAGGGUCUUCUUUUUCUGUUAUCCAAUUUCUCCCC